AAGCGGCCGGCAAGCGUGAGCGCCAGUCAGUUGAGUAUCUAAUCUCGAAUCGAGUGAAUGUUUUUCCGUGCCUUCUGUAAUACUGACGAAAGAAGAUAAACAAACAAUAUAUUGACGUGUUUUUUGGAUAUUGUGAAAGUGCCCAGUUUUACAAACAAUAAUAUUCUACUGAAAUAGUCUUGGAAUUUCAUUUUAUUCAAGAUGGCGAAUGCUUUGCUGCUAUUAUUUGGUAUAAUAGUCUACCAAGGAUGUUCCAAAGCCGCACCAAGUGAAAACAUUCACAGUAUCAUUACUGGUUUAGAAGAAGAUGUCACACUAAAUAGUGAAUCUAUAAUUGAACAACAUCAAGACAACGGCGCGAGUCAGAAUCAACGACAAAAACGAUUUUACGAUUACCUUGGAUUGGAUUAUCCAUCAAUAUACGAUUUUCCCACUUUACCAUAUUCUAGCCAACCUCACUAUACGAAAAGGGACGGUUCUCAGAAUACUGGUAUAUACGGAAGUGAUGAUGCUUUGAAUCUCAUUUUCAGAAGAUUGCAAGAUGUAUUAAAAGAUGUCAGAUAUCAACGUCGUCCUGCCCACACUCCAUACCCAGCUUAUAUACCGUUAGUGUACAUACCCCAAUUCAAUUGUGGCUGUAAUAACCAAGGAACAGCACCACCAGUAAAUGAUCGUAAUCAGCCAGCUACGAGUGAGACACCACCAAGUGAAGCAACAACAUCUGGAACUACUAAUGUCACUUUAGAUAAUAGAGGUUCAUUUAAUGAUAAAAGGCAAAAUUGGGGGAUCGUGACCACUAAACCUGAUUUAAGUAAUAGUGCCAAUCAAGGGGAUGGUAGCAGACCAAUUAAUUUUGAUCCUAUCCCUCCUGAAGAACCUAUGGAUGUAGAAGCACCACCGGUGGAUCAUGGAACUAUACAAGCCGGCGCUGAACCUGGAGAAACUCGUAGACAAGGUAGUUCACGACCACAAGUACCUGUGACUACACCUGCACCUAAUUACCUACCAAAUAGGCCUACAGUACGUUCAGAGUCACCCGUAAGUAGUUCUGAACGCUUUAAACCGGUACUCUGUGACGGUGCCAUACUUAUAUGUUGUAGUAUGAACCCAAUUACCAGCAAAUGCUUUGAAUCUUAUGGAUGCGAAGAUCCAAAGAUUUACGGUAAUGCCCCAUGUGACCCGAAGGUACAACUACUGGUGACCAAUAAAUUUAGGGAUUAUCAACUAAGAAGAGCUGGUUGAAACCGUGAGAAAUUCAGGAGUGAAUUUUGAAAGUUAGCCAAUGGCUACUUUAAAAUUACCUUUUAUUACAAGUAAUUUAAUAGCUGUAGAUAAUAUUAUUUAAUAGUACCUUAGAAUAUUUUAGUUGAUGUCAACAAAUACUAAAAUUUUCUCCGUUCAAAUAGAGAGUGACUAAAAUACGACUUCAUCAAGGCUCGAGAAAGAAAGUGCUUAUAAAGCAUAUUACAAACAGACUUUAUUUAUAUGGAUUGAUAUGAUAAAUACCUAAUUAUGAAGAGGUGAUAGCCUAACAGGCUAAAACUUGGAUAUUUAGAAUGGACAGUUUACAUUUUUCGGAGAGGACUUAGAGAGUCGUUCCACCCAUCUAUUCUGCUUCUGCGUUCGGGCCCCAUCUGGCGAUGCUUCUGCGCUCAACAAGAAAAACCUUUUCCAUCGCAUGCAUACAAGUGUAUUUAAGUAAUGGAAAACAUUGUGAGGAAACAAUAACGCCUGUAAAUUCUCUAUAAUAUUUUCAAUAUCUUCAUUUUCACACUUUACCCUGGCGGACAGUGGCCUAGUUUUUCUUCUUUUAAGAAAAUACCAUGUGUUUAACUUAUUACAAGUACAACGAUGAUGAAAAGGCAUUGAAUCACUUGUAUUGAGGUACGCAACAAAAAAUGAGGCUUGGAGCAUUUUUUUUUCGUUGGUGAAUAAUGCUCCUGGUGUAAGUUUUUAAGUUGAAAAAUGAGACGCAUUUUCAUAUUCUGUUAAAUUUGUGAAGAGAGAAAGCAACUACACUUUGUCUGUUAUAUGUAUAAAGAGGAUGUAGAGAGACAAAAUUAAGAGCCAAUGUGAACUUCCAAACUUCUAAACUCGGAAAAAUAGAUAUUCCGUAACCACCAAAUACGCGGGUAUAGUCUCAGACGUCGUUUGUUUCUUGUUAUAUUCUGACAAUUAUAAUAUAACUUAUUAAUAUUAUUUUUAUAUACGCUAUUUUAAAUUAUUUAAAACAGACCAUUUGUAAACUGGUAUAUAUUUUCUAGAAAUAAUAAUAAUAUAAGUUUCUCAUAUAAAGUACCUAUAAUUGCAUUGUGAUUGCAUGGUUUAUCUAGCCAAGUGAACGGUCAGUUAAUGACUUACAAAUAGUAAAUCGAAUCGACAAUAAGUAUCUAUAGACGGCGUGUACAAACUUGUGAUACUUUGUUCCUAUACCUAGUGUUCGGUAAAUUGUAUUUUAAUACUAAAAUAUUUAUUAUGGCAGCAUUUUACAUAAGUAUGAAAUAUAUUUUACAUCUUUGUAAGAAUAGUACUUAUGUUCAAAUAUAGGUAUACCUAAAGUAACACUAAGCUUAUGAAUAUUUACUUUUAUUAAUACAAUGCAUAAAAAAUAUUCUCCGUUGAUUGCUAUUAAAUUUAAAGAAAAUUAAUUAAUUUUAAAAUUAACAUUUUAAAAAUUAGGUAAUUAAAUUUAAUAACAUAAAGAAAUCACAAAAAAAAUAUGAUAUUAUUAUGAUUUUUUCAUGAAUCAUAUGAAUUUUUGAAAAACUUUCAUUUUGUAAAGUGGGAUUUGUAUAUGCCCAACGCAUUUUUAUCAAAACUGUUAAUUUCGCCAAAAAGGUCAUAAACUCCCAAGUAAAUCAAAAAUUAAACUGUGAAGAGUCCUUAUUGAUCCCAUGUGUGUUACAACAUAUUGUUAGCCUCAAAGUUUAUAUUAAAAUAUUUUUUUACGGUGAAUUUUACGAUAAAAAUAUUUAAGUCAAAAUUUUGUGAAUCGUGCGGCUAAAAAAAUGUGUUUAAUUUUUUUGUAACAUUUACCAUUUCUGGCAAAAAAUGAUUCUAAAUUUACAAUGUACAAAAAUACUUUAAUAUAGAGUCCCUUUUAAUCAGAAACGGUGAAAUGGAAAUAAGUGUAAAAACAAUUUUUGUAGAUAUUUGAGAAUGUUCGGAUAGGGUGACUGUUUGUUUAGACAGUAUGUAGUAUAUAUUCGUAAGUGCCUAGUUAAAAUAUGUUUUUAAUAUUUAUGCAUAUUUAAUGUUCUUUGUAAUCAACUAAAACUUUUUUAAUUUUGGGCAACUUCAUUUUUAAAAUUACAGAUUGUAUUACAUACAGUCAGCAUAUAACAUCUAACUAUGUUAUAUGCUGACUGCAAUAGGGUAGUUGACUCAUAUCAAAUUUAAUGUAAACAAUUUUUGUGUAGUAUACAUUAAAUAAGGAUUCGAAAUAUAUCGAUAACGAUUAAUAAAAGUUAAGGAUUUCACCCAUCCAUCAGUCCAUGCAAGAGGCCUAUGUCUAGCUAUGGUCUAUAGUCUGAUGAUGAUGCUGAUGAUGAUGAUGAAGAAUUUCAUAGAAACCUUAAUUCGAAAGUUAUGUAUUUAGUAAAUUUUUCGUCAAUUUUGUGACGUCACGACGUUACUUGAUGACACUAAAUGAAUAAACGUCAAACUAAUAUUACUGUUAACUAAUAAAUUUGUCAAACACUCCGUUUGUUAAGGUUUGGUGUUAAAGUGACGUCAUCAAACAGUUAAAAUAUAGACCAUCAUGGCCGACAGCGUUUUGACUCGUAUUGUAUAUCGUUGUCAAAAAUAUAUUUAAAAAUAUUUUUUUUUAUGUAAAAAAAAAUGUCUCAAAAAAAAUUAUUGUUUUUUUCAAUCUAGUAGAACGGCAACGAACAUUUACUACCCUUUGAAAAUAGUGUUGCCUGUUUAACAACGAUAUUAUUGUAAUAAAAAAGUAAAAACCGAGCGUUUCUGUUUUCAAUAAAAUUACAAAAAAAUAUAUGAAACAAUAAGAGUAACAGAACACUAAAACCAAUUUUUUAAACAUUUCUGCCAGUAUUUAUUUCUAUUUUACUACCCUUUGAAAAUAGUGUCAACUAGCUUGUUUUACAACUAUAUUAUUUUAAUAAAAGAGUAAAAACCGAG